AUGGGCGAACAUAAUCUCCUUAAUCCUGGGUUUGUGGGACCGCUGGUGAACAUCCACACGGGAGACACCUUCUAUUUCCCCAAUUUCCGAACCUCCGGAGGACAGCUACCCGGCUUACCGUCUCUCUCCUACCCACGAAGGGACAAUGUCUGUUCUUUGCCCUGGGCAUCCUCUGAGCCGUGCAACGGAUACCCCCAGCCCUACCUCAGCAGCCCCGUGUCCAUUAACCCUUCCUUCAGCAGAGCCUGCGACCUAGCUAGAGUGGAAGAGAGCAAGUGCUACUAUAGGGAAGCGUGCUCGGAGAACGCGCCCCUCAAAAGGGAAGAGCGGGUUAGGGACAAUGCCUUGAUGCCCCUCGAGGCGGGCAUCCCCAAUGGAAUGAACGGCAGUUUCGGCAAAUUUGACUAUCCGGCUACUGAGGCGGUGUCCCACGACCCCCCUUCUUGCCAGUCCUUGGAGUCAGACUCCAGCUCCUCAUUACUCAAUGAAGGGAAUAAGGGCGCCACCAGCGAGCCGUCCACAAUGGUUUCCCCUAUCAACCAAGGAAGCAAUCUUUCCACCGGGGGUGCUCCCUGGUACCCGAUGCACACAAGGUCCCGGAAAAAGCGGAAGCCCUAUUCUAAACUGCAGCUAGCAGAGCUGGAAGGGGAGUUUAUGGUCAAUGAAUUCAUUACUCGCCAAAGAAGGAGGGAGCUUUCAGAUCGGUUAAACCUGAGUGACCAGCAGGUGAAGAUCUGGUUCCAGAACCGGCGUAUGAAAAAGAAAAGACUCCUCCUGAGAGAGCAGGCCCUUUCUUUCUUUUAA